UUAGUUUUUUUGUUUGUAAUCGAGUUUGUAAUAAAAGCAGUUUAUUCUUAACUUUAUAUCCCUAAAUUUGUGUUGGGUACAUUUCUUCCCUUAAAAAUGGAGCCGAUAGUUACUGGUUCGUUUAUCGAUGCUUCGAAGGACUAUAUAUACACGGGAUCAGAUGGAAAGUGUUUUCCUGUAUGUUGCACCUGCGGGGAAUAUUCACCGUUUAUGAUUUACCUUGGAAGCAAUGAGAAGUCCAUCAUGUUCCAGCCGCAUGCAGGGCGUACUCAACUGUUUUGUCCUGUCUGCGCGCCGGAUUCUGAUCACUUCAGAAAACACUUCCACGGUGAACAACUCUUCCGAGCUGACAGCAUUUUGAACGAUCGCAAAUUUCUGGAUUUGCUGAAUAGAUACGUGUAUUCCAAUCCUUAUUACGAGCUGUACUCGAAUGUGGACAGAAUCAUUAUUACAGAAAACACGCAACUGUGUGCCGCGUACAAAACCGUGGCCAGACGAAAGGUACCCAAAUCGUUCAAAAUGAAGCUAUUGAUGAAUCUGUUCCCGGCGGCUCACCGGCUACCUAACAAGAAGUACACUAGCACAGGGGAUCUCUACGAAAGCAUGAACGAAAAAUACAACGAGAUUUGUGUCAGCUACAUGAACUUGUCGGAAGCCGGAGGUAGUCAGCUGCUGGACAACUUCGAUAUCCUGAUCGACCGAACGCCGAUGGGAGAGAGACAAGUCAGUCGCAAGACUGUUCCUUUCCGCGCAAUGAAAUCCAACAAUGAACCUAUGGUGGCCAAUCUCACAGGCAAUUCUCUUGCAAGUGACAUGUUGGAUGAUUCGGACAAAGAGAUCCGUGCUGUCAGCGGUAAGUAUGGGCCAACGGUUAAAGAGAGACGCGAUUUGGAGAACAACAUCUCUUUUCCACGGACAGAUUCUGACGAUGAGCGAUCAUCGAUUGUCUCAGGUGGGACGAAUAGGCAUACGGAUGGCUCAAGUGGAUCUGGAAGUAAUAUUACCAUUGCUAGCGAGUUUCAAGUGUCAUCGGGAGAGGUUGCCGGAGAUCAUUCCAUAGUGCCAUCGUCUCAGUCUCAACCAUCGCAAUUGACCGAACUGCACAGCUCGGUAAACAUAAGCUCUCAAUCUGUUGCUCAAUCGGUAGCAGCUGAAAUUACGAUCGGCGACUUUUCUGACAGCGACGACAGUGGAACAGCCAUAUAUUUCCAGCAACCGCGUGCUGUCCGGCGACAGUCGCCGAAGGCGGCUGAUGACCAACAAGCGGGCCCAAGCAAUGUCAAGCGCCGACGAGUACGCCCGCGAGGACACGUAAGACCUAUGAAUCCGACUCCUCAGGAGGCUCUAGAAAAUCCCAUUGGCCGUCUGCCGCGACUCGACGGUGGUUAAGUUCGUUCCAGUGUUCUACACAUUCUAAGAUAUUUAUAUUUUUACGAGGGGCUAUUCUUACAUUAAUACGAAAACGUAGAAUAAUCAGAAUUAUUUUAACUGGAAAUUUUUUGAGUUUUGUUUUGUAAGAACAGCCCCUAUAAUACGGAACAGUAAUUGACUGAUUUUUGCUUUCAAGUUGAUGUAAAAAGUAAAUUGUAAUUUAUACUUUGUUGCAAUUUACAAUAUGCAUGU